ACCGCCACCAGCUGGACGGGGUAUUAAAUAAGAAACUAUAAAAACAUUCCGGUGUUGUGCCGAAAAGCCCCCCUUGCCAGAAUUCUCCACCCCUCUUCGCGUGGACGCGCACGCACUCAAUUCUUCAUUACUGUGACUUGCUUGAACGCGCACUCACUCAAUUCUUCAUUGCUGCGACUUGCUUGUUAGUUGAAAUUUCUGAUCACGUUCGGCUCCGUUUCAUUUAAUGUUUUAUGUCGGUUUGAUAGCUGGGGAGGCACUAGUAAUGUCUGCAGUUUUCGGUUUGGCUAUUUGUCCACAUGAGCUACCAAAAUGAUUCUGAAGUAUGCCAGGCCUUGCACUCGCAAAAUGUUACUUUUUAAAUGUAUUUUUAUUUCACCUUUAUUUAACCAGGUAGGCCAGUUGAGAACAAGUUCUCAUUUACAACUGCGACAAACAACACAGAGUUACACAUGGGAUAAACAAACGUACAGUCAAUAACACAAUAGAAAAAUCCAUGUGCAGUGUGUGCAAAUGUAUUAAGAUUAGGAAGGUAGUAGGGCAAUAAUUAGGCCAUAGUGACGAAAUAAUUACAAUUUAGCAAAUAAACACUGGAGUGAUAGAUGUGCAGAAGAUGAAUGUGCAAGUAGAGAUACUGGUGUGCAAAGGAGCAAAAAUAAUAAUAAUAUUGGGAUGAGGUAGUUGGGUGGGCUAUUUACAGAUGGGCUGUGUACAGGUGCAAUGAUCAGUAAGCUGCUCUGGCAGCUGAUGCUUAAAGUUAGUGAGGGAGAUAUAAGAUUUGAAUUGAUUUUUGCAAUUCGUUCCAGCCAUUGGCAGCAGAGAACUGAAAGGAGAGGCGGCCAAAUGAGGAGUUGGCUUUGGGGGUGACCAGUGAAAUAUACCUGCUGGAGCGCAUAGUACGGGUGGGUGCUGCUAUGGUGACCAGUGAGCUGAGAUAAGGCAGGGCUUUACCUAGCAAAAACGUAUAGAUGACAUGGAGCCAGUGGGUUUGGCGACGAAUAUGAAGCGAGGGCCAGCCAACAAGAGCAUGCUGAGUAGUGUCGGAGGCUAUUUUGUAAAUGACAACGUCAAAGUCAAGGAUAGGUAGGAUAUUCAGUUUUACAAGGGUAUGUUUUGCAGCAUGAGUGAAGGAUGCUUUGUUGCGAAAUAGGAAGCCGAUUCUAGAUUUAAUUUUGGAUUGGAGAUGCUUAAUGUGAGUCUGGAAGGAGAGUUUACAGUCUAACCAGACACCUAGGUAUUUGUAUUUGUCCACAUAUUCUAGGUCAGAACCGUCCAGAGUAGUGAUGCUGGACGGGCGGGCAGGUGCGGGCAGCGAUCGGUUGAAGAGCAUGCAUUUAGUUUUACUUGCAUUUAAGAGCAGUUGGAGGCCACGGAAGGAGUGUUUUAUGGCGUUGAAGCUCGUCUGGCGGUUUGUUAAUUAACACAGUGUCCAAAGAAUAAGUGUCCAAAAUAGAAGGGGGGGAUUUCGGCAGGCAAGAAAAUAGCCUUAUUUGCCUCAAGUCUGAAUCUGUGAGUGACAGUAGGCUGUUGGAGAUUACGCAAACUGAAAAUGUGCCAGCCUAAAUGGCAUGAUGCGCUGUUCCAAGUUGUCAAAUCAUUUUAGCAUGUAAAUCUUGGUGGGGCAAACUCAACCUUUUUGUAGAUGCAUUCCAGCAAAGCCACUACACAACACAACACUAAACAAUACUUAACUCCACUAUAACGGUGACAAACGGUGCCCACAAACUGUCCCAACAGCAAAGCUUUAUUUUCAGCACCAUGGAGUGAAUUAAUCCUUACCACUGCUACACCUGCCUAUCAACGGAGCCUUGUCUGGUAUCGAAACAGUUCAUUCAGCAUCAUUUACUACUUUUUAAAAAAACGUCUGAUAUGGCUGCCUUGCUGAACAAAUGUGGUUUCUACUGACAAUUGAGAUGUGCAAACUAUGGCAUAAGGGAACAUUGAGCGGAUAAGAGGCAAUCUGUAAUUUCGAUUAAGACAUUAAUGAGCGAGCUAAAACAGACGUUGUCAAAAAUCAAUUAGUUCAGCACUUUUGAAAUGUACAGCAACAGAAUUCAGAACAUGGGCCGUUCUUAUAGUAUUUUCCCUGUACACCAAGUCAGAAGGGGGCAUAUAAGCAGACAAUGAAAGCCCUUACAAUAUUCGAUUAUUAAAUUUUUCUAAAACAGGAUAUAGGCUAAAUGUGCACCACCAAGUCAGAACAGUAGGCUUUGUUUUGAGGGGGAAAGGGACCAAAUGACUAGGGUAAGCCACAUGGGCUACUAACAGCUUACUACACAACAUACACUUAGUAUUACUUUCUUAGCCACAGUAUACUUAUCUCCCUGGCAUAUUACAUCAUUUAUGCAGCAGUAUACAAUAUAUUUUUGGACUCACCGUUGUGCUGUGCUCACUUGAACAGGAAGGUGGCACUGGGUCCUUCUUGUGGGAAGAAUUUGUCAUGAAACUUUCACCAAAGUCUGGCAUUCUCUGGAUUUAUGGUGCUUUCAAGAUAACUGGGAACUUGGAAAAGAGGAAGGUUGAAUCAUGACGUCAGGGAUCUUCAUGUCGGAGCUCUAGAAAGAGGCCAGAAUUCCAAUUUAGUGCUCGUUUUUUUCCCCCGAGUUCCCAGCUGGAUCAGGGAGCCUCCUGUGACCAGUCUGGAGGUGCACUUCACCCCCCAUGCAGAGAGAGCGCUGGGAGAGUUCCUUUUACCCCAUCAGUGCAGAAUCUCGUGACCGACCCAGGUUCCGGUUCCUGCACGAUCCAUAGGAGGCUGCGGCCGCCAUUAAGGGGGUUCCUAUCUGCUGACCCCAGGUCAGUGUAUUGGAGGAGCCACUGUAAGAACAGACUCUUCUUCUUCACAUUGGAUAUAGGCCAAUAUCAACAGUCUGAUCAACUCUAUGCGAAGAAGAUGUGUUACACUGCAUGAGGCAAAUGGUGGUCACACCAGAUACUGACUGGUUUUCUGAUCCACACCCCUACUUCUUUUUAAAAGUAAUCUGUGACCAGCAGAUGCAUAUCUGUAUUCCCAGGAAUGUCAAAUCCAUCAGAUUAGGGCCUAAUUUAUUUAUUUCAAUUGGCUGAUUUCCAUAUAUGAACUGUAACUCAGUAAAAUCCUUGAAAUUGUUACAUGUUUCAUUUAUAUUUUUGUUUUAAAAUUGUUUAAUUAAAACAUUGUUUUAUUUUUCUUGUAAAGAUAGUGCUUGUUGAAAUGGUUGGUUAUACCGUAUGAUCGUAACACUUUAUUUUACUAAGUAAGUUACAUUAUAGAGCAUUUAUUCCAAGCACCUCUAGGCUGGGAGAGAGCACCUCAGUACACUGCAGUGCACACUAUCACUUAUCAGAUGGAAUCUUUACGGUUGAGUUCUGUUUAGUAAUGGUAGUGAACACGCCUUUACUAUCUAAGUUAGAUUGUUGCACAGUUUUAAUAACGACUCCGCUAUGAUAGGAUAUGGAUUCCAAAAUUGCUUCCAGUAUUUCCCUUGACCUUUGUCAACCUCUGUUUUAGUAAUCCAAUGUCCAGUACAAAGUCUUUUAAAUUCAGGGAUUUAUAUUGGGAACUUAAUUGCCCUCUGUCUAUAUCCAGUGUGACAACAGUCUGUGGGAUUGGUCUACUUGUCAUUGUUGGAUGGAGUGGAGUGGUGGGCCUUUCAUUGUCUGGCAUAGAUUUACUACUAGAACCACUCCCCUUUCCAAUAGCAACAGCAAAUCGCUCUUUCACACUACUACUUUGUAUUCUUGUGAGAGUGUGAGAGAGAGUUGGAGGCACAUACACACACAGUGGGUAUUUUCGUUUGAGGAGACGCUGUUUUUAGGGUCAGCAAAUUACAACAAAUGAAUUGUGUGUUGUUAAAUUGGAUGUAAAUAGUUCACUGAACAGAGAGAAAACAACUACGCCUUCACCAGUUGACUUGAAUUGCCUAGGAAGCAAUGGGACCACUGAAUCUCCACCAGGCUAUAUUAAAGGCUGACUUCAUCCUAGCUAGAAGGUUAAUCGAGGCUGGGGCUAACGUCAACAGCAGGGAUGAGGAGAGGAGGACCCCUUUAAUGCUCUGCUGCCUCCAUGAUGGGGAGUCUUGGUCCCUCGGUGUAGCACGCAUGCUCCUGAUUCACAGAGGCCAUGUGGGGCUCUGUGACCGCCACGGUCGAACCGCUCUGGUGUAUGCGGUCUUGUAUGGGCGUCUGGGUUUGGUUCGGCUGUUCCUCCAAGCGCUGGACUAUGACCUGAACCACGUCGACAAGCACGGUCACAUGGCUCUGUGGUACUCAGCUCAGGUAGGUAACGGUCCUAUCAAUGACCUGCUGCUGAAAACCAUGAAGAAGUACUGUCUGAGCACUGACAUAUCUGAGGCCGCAGUCCCCGGGCUUUGUGGUCAUGAUAAACCCGGUCAAGUUCUGGUCAAACACCAGACAGCAGUCAAGCAGAAUGCCAUUAAUUGUGACAUUGACCACAAGGUCACAGGUCACCUGAAGCCACAGCCAGAGAAAGGUCUACCUCCAUUGUUCCGAAAGGACUUGCCUUUCAAGCCCCUUCCAGAAACCCUAUGGACAAAGAGGGAGAACUUCUAUAAAGCAGUGAAGCCACCAGAGGCAAAACCUGAGACAAAGAAGGCCUUGACUGGAGGGUCUAAGCAGGGGAAGGAAGGGAAGACAACCACCCCCUCCCCAUCUAAGGACUGGAAGUUAGACAUGAGGAGUCUAACCGAGGCCUUACUGGGUCAGAUCAGCCUUUCCUACCGGCCCCAGGCCCAGCCCCGUCCUCCUUCCUCUCUCCUCCACCGCAGGAGGACACCUCACUUGGGGGCCAGCCCCACCGUGGGGACCCUGCUCCGCCAGUGCCGGGGGAAGGGAAGGAAGAUGUCCCUGGACGCCAUCAGCGACAGCCUGCUGAAAGAGAGGACGGCCAUUGGCUCGUUCCGCCGCCGGUGCAGUGUGACCGUGAUACCCAUGAUCAGGAUGGGGCUGACAAGCAGGAGCUCCAGCACCACAGAGCUAGAGGGUAGGGGGGGAGACAAGGGUCACUUCUAAACCACUGGUCAGGAUCCAGGAACUGAAAAAGUUCAGCUUGUCAGACAGAAAUUAAUGUAUAUUUUGCUUAUCUGAAGGUUUAUUAAUGAUGAUGGAAUAUGGAUGGUCGUUUUUGUGUGAUGGAAUAUAGUGCAGUAUUCAAUAUAAUGAAGUUUGAUGUGUCUGUAUUAAAAAGUUAAUACCAAUCAUUGAGUGGGACAGAUGCAAUGAGGGUUAGAUGCAGUUGAUCCAUCUGGCAUUUCUGUAAUCUCCCUAAAAGUUUGUUUUUGUAUACAAAUUGAUUUGGAAUGUUUGAAUGUUAAGUCUUUUGUAUGAAAAUAAAAUACAGUCUUAUGAAUAAAAUUACUAAAAUCCAGUAUGGGCAGGGCUGUGACUUCCAUUGAAUUUUGCCUUUGAGAACAUGUAGCAUCUGAAACGUUUGA